AGUAGGAGACAUCGCGUGGUACAGAGUCACACCACCUGUAGAUUUAUCUGCAUGGUGGGAUAUAAUUACUCCUGCUACUAGCAAGCGAUUUUUCAGUUUUAGUGUAUAAAUAGAGCGGUAUUUCACUGCUCCAUUUCAAUUGAUCCUACUAUCACAGAAACAACGCACGUUUUAAAAUUAUGUUAAGCCGUAGUUCUUGCGGUAUUUUCUUAUUUGUUUUACGUUUUGGACCUCUCAUGGCAGCUAUACAGAUGGACUUUAGUAUCCAUGAAGAGAAAUGUUUGAUUGGAAGGGUUGUGAAAAAUUUCAUCCUUCACCUUAAAUGUAGAAACAGUGCCAGAAAUGAGAUUCAAAGGGGCGAUGACUCUUGUUUAUUGAAGCCGUACAAAAAUGAAGACGUUGCAAUGGAUAUUACACCAGGUUCUACUGAUAUUCCUUGCCAAAUGACACGAGAAAUGAUGAAAUCUAAACGCGCAUUCUGUGUUAAUGUGCACCGUGAGUGCCAUGAUAGGAGAUAUGAUAUCAAUACAUCGGCUAUGUUCCACGGAAAUCACACAGGUGUGUUGUCCUUAACGUUAGCGCUAAAUAGCAGUCACUAUUUUAGAGACAGGACAAAGAAUGUCCACGAAAUCUUCAACAUCUCCCUGGAAGCAAAUGUCACAGACGCAGAUUGUAGAUCAAAGACUAGUUGUGCAUGGUCAGCUCACAACAUGCAAUGGCAUAAUAACCAAGAAAUUAUUCACACUGGAUCGAUAACUCAGCUUGGUUUUAUGAAUUCUCCUUGGAUAUUUGGCUCAACUGGAAGUACAUGUUUGAAAUGGAAAAUGGAAGGGCUAGGGAACGUUUCUGUUUUUGUCAACACCAAUGAUUCUGAAAGCUCCUUUGCCAUGAAAACAUAUUUUGUAGAAAAUAAUACCCUGGAGUACACAUGGAAACCGGGUGAGAUUCGCAUGCCUUUCGCUGUGCGUUUUAGAUUGCAUGGAGCCAUCAACAACUCCAUCAAGAUAUCAAAUAUAGCUUUCAGCACUUGUGGAAGAGAGUCGAUCAGAAACUGUACUUUUGAAAUGACCUCGUCAUGUCCACUCAUUGAGUCGUAUCAUGGAUGUAGCCUUCACCGGACAAAAGGAGAUCCUCACAAAGACAUCAAUGAAUGGAUGCUAUUGACACGGAAAGAUUAUUGUAAAGACAGAAACAAGUUGACGUCAGCGUUUUCGACUGUAAGCUUACCACCAGUACUGGGAAGUAAUACAUGCCAAGUAUUGUUGAAAGCGUAUGGAAAUUUGCUAUGGUACUGGAGAAUCUGCUUGCUCAACAACGUGUGCAGUAACAGGACAAUUCCAGACAGAAUUGAUGAUACAACCUACACAUUCCCCAUCUCAAAUAUCUCUCAAAGAUAUAAACUUGAAUUCAGCACUGUUCAUCUGGAUAGUAGGACAUUUCUUGGAAUCAUAAAGUUAGCCUUCUCAGAAAGUUGCUUUCAUAAUUCAUCAUCAAAUACAAUUGUACCGUUAGAUUUCACGCAGGAACAUAAUACACAGGUUUCACCAAGCGUCUUCAUGGUCAUCGCAAUUCUUGUUCUCUGUCUUUUAAUUUUAUUCAUUAUUUCACUAGGAAUUGUCCGGAAAAGAAGACGGUUUUGCCUAAAUUAUAAAUCAACUGACGCUAAUGACAGAAAAGUGUCCAUUCAUGAUUUUUUAGCCACAAAGACAGUUGAAAAAACACUGGAGAACAUAUUAACUGAAGGGAAUCCAAAUUAUCGAUGGUAUUGCCACCGAUUAUUGAAAGGAACUAUUGUUGAUAUAGACAAAUCGCAAAUUCAAAUACAUACCUUGUUGGGAAGAGGAGCAUUUGGAGAGGUAUUCAGAGGAAUUUUAUUAGGUAGAGAAAGAAAUGGGAAGAACACUGAUAUAGCCAUAAAGAGGUUAUCAAAAAGUGCAGACCAACAAUCCCAAGACGAUUUUUUACUGGAAGCUUUGAUAUUAUUCAAAUUUCAACACAAAAACAUUGUGAAAUGUCUCGGAAUAUCAUCAUCAAAUGGAGUUUAUAUGAUACUUCUAGAGUUGAUGUUGGGUGGAGAUCUGAAAACAUUUCUACGAAACACAAAGGAUAAACAGACACAGAAAUCGACAUUGAAGAUUUCAGAGCUACUGCGUCUCGCAAGUGAUGUUGCAUGUGGGUUAAACUAUUUGGAAUCGCUACAUUUUGUUCACAGAGAUGUUGCUGCACGGAACUGUCUGCUAACAAAUUUGGGACCAAACAGAAUAGCUAAAUUGGGCGACUUUGGUAUGGCCAAAGAUAUUCUAAUGAAUGAUUAUUACAGAAAGGAAGGGACAGCUCUGCUUCCAAUAAGAUGGAUGCCACCAGAAGCGUUCUUGGAGGGAUACUUUUCCUGUAAAUCGGAUGUUUGGGCUUUCGGUGUUUUGAUGUGGGAGAUAUUCACAUCCGGAUUUAUCCCUUAUCCAGGCCUUCAAAACAAUGCAGUUAUGACAUUUGUUAACAAAGGAGGCCGCUUAGAAAUGCCUGCGCUUUGUACUCAAUCAAUAUACGAUCUUAUGAGUUGUUGUUGGCAAAGUGACCCUAUGGAAAGGCCAUCGUUUCAAACUGUAUACAGAUUCUUAAUCAUGACUCAUAAGAAACUUCAAAAUGAGGAGUCUAUGUCUGGUGAUAAAUGUAAUGAGGACAAGUCGUCACCACGCUACUGUUCCAAAGUUUUUAAUGAGGAGGAGAGUUCGCCUUUAAUGUUAAUAGACGAAAUUUGUAGAGGAGGGAUGUGACUUAACAAUUGUACUUGUCAAAAUGUAUUGAUAAGUGCGUUGCAGUUGUGAGCAAUGCGCGUAUUAAUCUUGAUAUAUAUAUAAAGCGUUUAAUUUAACAGCUGAGAAUUCCAACAGAAAUGAAAGCAGAUUAGUGUAAAUAUGAAAUAAUACAUGAGAUUAUGAACUGCAAUGUUUUACGCCGGUAUAUUUUUAUGAACCACAAACUACAUGUAUUUUUAAAAAAUGAUAUUUAUUUUGUAAAACAGAAGUAUAUUUUGGACAACCACUACACUGCAUCAUUUCAUUCAUAUAUCACAAGCGUUCUUUUCCAGUUUGAAUUUCCUACAAUACCCAAUUAAAAUGCAGAAAAACUUGUAAUAUUUCCACACACCAGAUAAUUAUGUGACUAGAUUUAAAAACGUUAUUUACCAAAAAUUGCUACUUUGUAUGUUAAGUUUCUUUUUAAAAACCAUUGAAAUGGCAAAUACUUGAUAGCAAACUUGAAUAGAAAGCUUAUAAUACUACCCAAGAGCAUAUCUCUCUAAGCACUUAAAAUGCAUUUAAGCAUAUCCCGUCUAUUUUCAUAGUAAUUUCAAUCUCACUGCAGUCACCUGUGUUUUUCACUUUGGCAAAAAAGAACGUUCUCCCUUCCGUGCCUUGUGUGAUCAAUGUUUUGGUAAUGCUGACGUAUUUUUCGAUUAGCUUAUAAUGAAAAAAGAAUUGAAUAAACGGGGACUCAGACCAUGUGCAGUGUAUAAAGGAUGAAUUACUGAUUGUGAUUCAAAGUUCUGGAAGUUGUUGUCAUUGUAACAAGUUGUUUUGAUUAGGGCAGACGUGCUGACCAGUGCACAAAAUGUUCUUGACAUGCAUUUGUGAUAUGUAUUUUGUUUUUGUUUUGGUAUGUUGAUGAAAUAAAUCCUUUAUAUUCUUA